AUGAAUGUGCAACAAGAGCUUUCUCAAAAUUUUGUGGUGGUUCCUCCUUGCGUCUCGUCCUCCCUGAACGAUCUUUCAUCAGCCAAACAACAACAAGAAGAGUCCACUCCAGCUUUGGUUCAUGCUACUAUCAUAGAAGAUACUGGAAAGAGUGAUUGUAAAUCCUUCUCAUCCACUCAUCUCGAAUCACGAGGAACCGUUGUAAAUGGAAAACAAACAAUGUUGAGCUCGGAACGGCUGCUAGCAGUGUUGGAACACAUUCCUCUCAUCAUUAAAUUAAUUCUGGUUGUGGUCUUUGCCAUUAUAUCGUUGUGUGUAUUCGGAGCAUUGUUAAUCUACCAAUCUUCGCAAAUGAUUGCCUCUGCGAAACAAAUUACGCACUUGUAUGAAUUCUCAGUUCUGGUUUCAGAUGUAGUACAUUGUUUGCAGAUGCAGUACAGACAAAGCUUACUAUUACAUCGAUUUAAACUCCAGACAUCAACUGAAAAUUUGUUAACUUACCAAAGAGUGGUUGAGAAUUCCAGUGUUGCUACCACUUGUAACAUAAUGGAGAAUUACUUGGUUAGCAACCAUCAAAAUAUUUCUCAAUACUCUGCACCUCAAUGGUUCUUCAACGUUACCAUGUAUAUGAAUGCAAUGAGAGAAGUGGAAGUUUCAUUUCGAGAAGCUGCAUUAAGGCAUGCACGUGAGUUGGCUAGGCAAGCAACUGGCUCACUGAUUGCAUUUUCAGUGAGUACAUUCUUUGUGACUUGUCUCUCCACUUGUAUUGCAAUCAUUUUCUCAAAAACAAUUGUUGGUCCAUGGCAAAGAAUUCUCGCAUUGCAAGAAGAUACUGUUUACAAAUUUGUUCCAAAAGAAUUUCUCUCAAUUUUGAACAAGGAUAAAAUCACUGAUUUAAAAUAUGGAGAUUUCUUUGAAAUGGAAUUGGAUAUAAUGUUUGUGGACAUUCGAAAUUAUACAGGAAUCAGUGAAAACUUACAAACCAAAAAGAUUUUCAAAUUAUUGAACAAGUAUUUGAAAAAUGUUGGACCCAUCAUUCGAAAACACAAUGGAUACAUUGAUAAGUAUUUGGGUGAUGGCUUUGUGGCCUUGUUUUUGGAACCUGGUCAUGCUGUCAAUGCCGCCAUUGAAAUUCAAAAUUCUCUGAAAGAUCUAAACAUUUCUAUUGGGCCGAAAUACCCAACAAUAUCUGUGGGUAUGGGAAUUGCAAGAGGUAUGGUUGCGGUUGGAUUAGUUGGAGAGUCUAGAAGAAUGGAUGCUACAAUAAUAUCUGAUAAUGUCAACAUUGCAGCAAGACUGGAAUCUUUAACCAAACAGUAUCAUGCUGUCAUCCUUUCUUCGAAAUCAAUUAUUGAUACGACACCAAACGUAAGAGAAAAUGCAUUCAGAAAAGUUGGGAACAUUGCUGUUGUUGGAAAGAAUCAGGUGAUUGAAGUGAUAGAGGUGAUCCCAUUUGACGAUUCGCCAAAGAAAAUUACUUGCUGUUUGUUUGAGGAGGCUAUCGAUCAUUUGUACGAUCCUGAGAAAUUCAACGUCGAAAAAGCCAUUUCGUUAUUCAAACAAAUUCUCGAAAUUGACCCACAGGACGAGUUAUGCCAGAAAAAGCUGAAGCUGGCAGAGUCCCUGCUGCAGGAUAGUUCGUCGUGGACAUAUUGUGAUAGAUUAACAAAGAAAUAA